GGGGAGGAAGUCUCAUUGAGACAAAACCUCAUGCCAAUGCCUAUUCUAGGCAUUAUUGGCAUUCUUGAUUGAGGAGAAACCAUUCCCCUUAUCCUCUUGCAUUCCAUACGACCAACCACUAAGAGAGAGAGCUCUAGGAAAGCUCCUCAAAGAGCUGAAGCUAGGAGAGAGCAAGAAAGGAAGAAUCCCCACACAAAAGGGCUAGAAAUCAAGGAGUCGAAACCGCCGGGAAACCGCCAUUGUUGGGGACUGUUUUCGAGCUGCAGGCCCGAAAGCCGCCCACCUUUCACGAAAGCCGCCCGGCUUGCACUUGAUUUCCAGAUUUUUCGCUCUUGAAUGGCCUAGAACGAGGACGGAUCGAGGGGGUUCCGCUAGGGCAGCUAGUUGAGCACAUCACAAGUUUCAGGUAGAACUUGAAUGUUGCUACCGGUGCCCGUUGCUUCGGGGAUAUUCAAGGGAGAAGACGUGGUUCGUGCUUCUUCUGUUUCCUGUUUUCAAAAUAAUUAUAACAAUGCUCAUGGAUAUUAUUUUUGAACAAUUACUUUGGGGGCUUGUAUGCCUAGUUAUGCCAAGUGUGGCUUGAACAAUUGUAUUAAUGCUUCCGCUGUUUUAAAUGAAUGUUUUACAUUAUGUUUGUUAUGGAUGUACUAUGUGUGAAUGAUAUUCAUGACGCUUUGUAUAGUAUGAAUGAGUUGGACUGCGGUUGACUAUUCGUACUGUACGGCGGGUUAUCGACGAGUCCGGCUAGGUCCGGGGCGUGACAAUUUAAUUGGUAUCAGAGCCUUAGUCCGUAAACAUCAUAAUGAAGCUUCAAAAUUCUUUUGAAAAUGAAAUUGAAAACCAUGAGCAUAAAGUUUUGCACUUAUAGAACUUUUGGUACUUGAGUUGCAAUGUCUCUAAUUGUUAAGAUGGUACCCUUAGCAAUUGGUAUGGCGGUGAUUUGAGCCAAAAGAUGUCUUUAAGUGCCUAUCCGUCAAUUGACAUUUGAUACGAGUCUAAUGACUCAUUCUAAAUUUCUUUCAGAAAUGGAACGUACCGGGAAAGUUACUCGACGGAACUCGACUGGCCAGGCACCGGGAGGAUCCCAACGUGGCAGCUGGGGAGGGUCGAGGGUGUCUCGGGGACAGGGCCGUGCAGGCCACUCACUGACGUUUCAGGUAGAACUUGAAGGUUGCUACCGGUGCCCGUUGCUUCGGGGAUAUUCAAGGGAGAAGACGUGGUUCGUGCUUCUUCUGUUUCCUGUUUUCAAAAUAAUUAUAACAAUGCUCAUGGAUAUUAUUUUUGAACAAUUACUUUGGGGGCUUGUAUACCUAGUUAUGCCAAGUGUGGCUUGAACAAUUGUAUUAAUGCUUCCGCUGUUGUAAAUGAAUGUUUUACAUUAUGUUUGUUAUGGAUGUACUAUGUGUGAAUGAUAUUCAUG